GUUGACAUAACCGCCUCAUUUCACUGAAAUACUGACAAGCUUCCUCCAAAUUUGACAGUCAAGAUGAUUCUGUUAUGCGUCUCACUGCUUCUCCUUCAUCGAGGAUAUUCUCAGACUCCUGUGAUCAGCGUCCAUCUUGGUGAACCUGCGAUCUUCACAUGUGUUUUACCACCAAAUGAAAUCAGUGUCACUGAAGUCCACUGGUACAAACAGACUGUUGGGAAAAAUCUGAAAUUAAUUGUAAAACUGAAGAAAAACAUUGAACCAACAUAUGGGCCACAGUUUUCUGAGUCCAGAGUGUUUGUACAUAUAGAUAAGAAUUACAGUAAUCUGACUAUUUUGAGGACGACUCCAGAAGAUGAGGGUCUGUAUCACUGUGGGGUCUUGGAUUAUAUAACAAACACGUGGAGUGGAACCUAUUUAUCAUUGACAAGUAAAACAGCAUCAGACUACACUGUUGUGCAGCGGCCGACAGUAUCUGAUCCAUUACAUCCAGGAGACUCAAUGUCUCUCCAGUGUUCAGUUCUGUCUGACUCUGACAAUAAGACGUGUCCAGGAGAUCACAGUGUUUACUGGGUCAGGGUCGGAUCACAUGAAUCUGAUCCAGGCAUCAUUUACACUGAAGGGAACAGACAAGAUGGAUGUAACGAUAGACCUGACACUCAGUCCUCUCCAAAGAGCUGCCUUCACCACUUUUCUAAAACUGUCAACUCGUCUGAUGCUGGGACUUACUACUAUUACUGUGCUGUGGCCACAUGUGGACGGAUAUUAUUUGGAAAUGGAACAAGAAUACAAAUCGAAACCAGUGUAUGGUCACAGAAGGAAAACAUCACUUUUGUUGUGCUGUGUGCCAUUCUGAGUUUAUGUCUGAGUGUUAUAACCUUCUACAUCUGCAGCAUUAUUAAAGGAAAAGGCAACUGUUGCAGUGGUGCUGUUACCCCGGACAAAAUAAGUCAUGGACAGAAAAGUCAUCAGAGAUGUGACAAUACGGGGGUUUAUUCUGCUGCUGUCUUUACUGUGGUGAAAAAUGGCGGCAAUGGAGAAAGGAAUAGAAAAUCAACGGAAAGACAGAGGAUUUACGCUGCUAUCAAGGCCUUUGGACUGAAUUAGAACUUUAAUAGAAUUGUUUGGAAUCACUUACUAUUAAAGUUAACAUUUAUGAGUCUGAUAACACUGGUCUACAAGGAAAAUGCUUCCAGAAUAAAAGUAAUGAAAUUUUACCACAUGAGAGUCACUGAUAAAGAAAAAUAAUGUAAAAA